AUGCUUGAUACAGGUGCAAAUCGAACCUUUAUUUCAAUUACUGCAUUACAUCCUUUAAAUAGUAAGCAAUUUGUUAAUAAAUCAUAUAAACGUGUAAUUUUAGCUGAUGGUUAUACUUCUCUUUCUAUUCUUGGUACAUGGGAAUUAUCUAUUUUUAUGGGUGAUAUGUUAACUUCUAUUGAAGCAUUUGUUGUUAAAGAAUUAUGUGCUGAUUGUAUAUUAGGUAUGGAUUUUAAUAAUAAAUACAAAUUAAUCAUUAACACGGAAGAACAGAUGGUAUCAAUAUGCAAUAAUCAUCACCGUACAACAUUAACAUUUGAUGUCAGUAAAGGAAAUAUUAAUUAUCCGACACGUUUAAUUAAUAAUAUUCGAAUUCCACCAAAACGAACAGUUUCAGUUCCUGUAUCUGUAGGAUUAUCUUCAGCAAAGGUAUUAUUUCGUCCAUCUUAUAAAUUACAACAACGAUCAUCUAUAUUAAUGUUAAAUUCUUCAUUAACCGUUCAACGUCAUACGUCAUCUAUUUUAGUACAUAACCCCACAAAUUACUCUUAUUCAUUACCAAAAGGUAUUAUAUUGGGAACAACUACUAUUCCAACAUUAUCUUUUAAAAGAAAUGAAACUAUUGAUCAACAGUUAGUGAACAAGAACAUUAUUAGUUUAUCUCAACAUAUUGGUGAUUAUGAACAACAAAAAAAAAUUAAAAUUAUCCUCAAUCAACAUGCAAAAUUAUUCGAUACUAGUAAACCUACAGUUGCAACUGGUGUGAAACCACAUGCAAUAAAGACUCUUGAUCAUCCUCCACCAACUUCUAAACCAUAUUAUACUACUCCAAAUAAACAAGAAGAAAAUGAUCAAUAUCGACAAGAUUAUCCAUCAUUUGAAAUACCAACUUCAUAUUACAACGUAGUCCAUGUGAACAAAUAUACGUCAAUAGAAGAAAUGCACAUGUUGAUCAAUCAUGUACAAGAAUGUACUCAAUUUACUAUUGAUACGGAGUCGGAAAAGUCAAAUGGUCAAUUGGCAUUAAUACAACUACAAACUAUUCCAUCUCGAUUACCAUCAUUAGUGAUAUUAAUUGAAUUGGCACAUUUACCAUCAAAUGAUUCACAUGUGUGCGUAAAAAUUAAAGAAUUUUUUGAAUUAAUUUUUAGAUCAAAUAAUGAACUGUAUUCUUGGGGUGAUAUGAUCAAAGAACUCGAUCCAAUUAAAAAUUCUGCAUUAUUUAAAUGGCCAACAUUAGCAUCAUUGCUUGAUAUUCAACCACAUUUUCCUGGUUGGUACGAGUGGGCACUGACUCAUAGCGAGUCAUGUUGCCCGAAGCAUCAUCUCGAUGAUGCUAAUAAUGUUAAUAUUAUGUCACAAAAUUAUUUAUCGUCGAUAUUUUAUUGUCCUCGACAAAGUCCGUAUCGUCCUAAUGAAUUAUGGUCUCUACAGAACGCGUUAAUUUAUGCUGCACACAUUUUCAUUGAUAAAUCAAGUACAGUUAAUAAUUGGGCUGGUGGAUUAACAACAAACAAUUCAACAUUAUCCUCAUUUCGAAGAAAAAAAAUGAUUAAAUAUGCAAUUUACGAUGUUCUUUCAACAACUUAUCUCAUUAGACCAAUCUCAGAAUAUUGGACAUUUCAAAAAUUGAAAAAUACAAAUAUUAUUGACUUAUUUACAUCAUUCAAAUCAUCACCAUUACCAUCACUUCCAACAAAUAAAUCAUCAAAAAACAAAUCAAUUAAAAAAAAUAUUAAUCCACAAAAAUUAUUUAAGAUACUUGAUGAUGACUUAGAAUUAAUAUCGGAUGAUGAUGAAAUUUAUCUUAAUCAACUUAUAGCACCAGUAACAAAUCAAAAACAUAUUUAUGAAGAAAUUUCAAAUGAUGAACAAGAAUUAAAUAUUACAGUACCAGUUAAUAAUGUUGAUUUGAUUGUUAAUGAAGCCAAUGAAAUUAUAAUUGAUAAUAAUGAACAAACUGAACCAGAUGAAAAUAUUGAACAACACCAUAUAUUAAGUCAUCAACGUCGAUCGAUAGAGUCAAGACAAAAAAAAAUCGAAAACGAAACAACACACGUCGAAUUUAAACAAAUGUUGAAACAAAAUGAUGUUCAAUAUAUCAAUGUAAAAGUGGUUAAUGGUUUACUACGUAUUGGUGUCAAGAACGAAAAGAUCAAACAAAAUUAUCAACAAAAAAUAUCUGAAAACAUGUUUGAUCGUCAAAAUUAUCAAACUUAUCGACAUCAUCGUCAUCAUCGUAAACGGCAACAACAACAUUAA